CCAGCAUGGAUGGCUACGUGGUCCUGAGAGUGAUCGGGGAGGGCUCCUUCGGCCGAGCCCUUUUGAUUCAGCAAGAAAGCAGUGAUCAACUGUUUGCCAUGAAGGAAAUAAGGCUUCCAAAGACUCUCUCUGGUACACAGAAUUCUAGGAAGGAGGCUGUUCUGUUAGCCAAAAUGAAACACCCCAAUAUUGUUGCCUUUCGAGAAUCAUUUGAAGCUGAGGGACACCUGUAUAUUGUGAUGGAAUAUUGUGACGGAGGGGACCUAAUGCAAAAGAUAAAGAAUCAGAAAGGAAAGUUGUUUCCUGAAGAUAUGAUACUUAAUUGGUUUACACAAAUGUGCCUUGGAGUAAAUCACAUUCACAAGAAACGUGUGUUACACAGAGAUAUCAAGUCCAAGAACAUCUUCCUUACCCAAAAUGGAAAAGUAAAACUGGGAGAUUUUGGAUCUGCCCGUCUUCUGUCCAGUCCUAUGGCGUUUGCUUGUACAUAUGUGGGAACACCUUAUUACGUGCCGCCAGAAAUUUGGGAGAACAUGCCUUACAACAAUAAAAGUGACAUCUGGUCCUUGGGAUGCAUUCUGUAUGAGCUCUGUACCCUUAAGCAUCCAUUUCAGGCAAACAGCUGGAAAAGUCUUAUUCUCAAAAUAUGUCAGGGGUCGCUGUGCCCACUGCCGUCUCAGUACUCUUGUGAACUCCAGCAUCUGAUCAAGCAGAUGUUUAAAAGGAAUCCCUCACAUCGCCCUUCCGCUACAACACUCCUCUCUAGAGGCUCUUUGGCUCGGCUUGUCCGCAAGUGCUUACCCCCAGAGAUCAUCACAGAAUAUGGCGAGCAGGUAUUAGAAGAAACCAAAAACUCUAAGCAUAGUACACCGAGGAAAAAAGCAGACCCCAGCAGAAGCAAGAUAGCUUUGGAAAAUGAAGCAACCACGAUGCCAAGGGAAGAAGAAGCUAGAAAGUACAGCCACACUAAUUUAGAAAACAUUAAUAAAAAUUCAGUUGAAAGUGCACUGGGGACAGUAAACAAAGAGAAAGAUAAUAAAUCAGUCCAUCUGAGGAAACUCAGUUCACCAAGUCCUGUCAGGCGACAGUGGGAGAAAAAUGUCCCCAACACAGCUCUCACGGCUUUGGAAAAUGCAGCCAUACUCUCCUCCAGUUUAGCAGCCGGGGAUGAGAGAGGUGGUUCUGUAAUAAAGUACAGUGAAAAUAACACCCGUAAGCAGUGGCUGAAGGAGACUCCAGAAACUCUGAUGAACAUCCUUAAGAAUGCAGAUCUCAGCUUGGCGUUUCAAACAUAUACAAUAUAUAGACCAGGUUCAGAAGGGUUCUUGAAGGGCCCCCUGUCUGAAGAAACAGAAGCGUCAGACAGUGUGGAUGGAGGUCAUGAUUCUGUCAUUUUGGACCCAGAGAGACUGGAACCUAGACUGGAUGCAGAGGACACGGACUUUGAGGAGGAUGACGACAGGCCUGACUGGGUGUCAGAACUGAAGCAGCGAGCUGGCUGGCAAGAAGUGUUGGAUGGGUAAUGCCCAAGGAGGUGCUCCUUCGUCACAUCGGGUAGAUGUUUAAAGUGAGGAAUUAAUGUUUGGAUAAUAUCAGCUCAUGGGAUCCGCAGUUUUCUUUGGGCACAGAAUGAAGAGGGGGAAACUGUGAAUAUUUAAAAUUGUUCCUGAUUAGUACCACAAGGCUUAAAAAAUCUGUAACUCUCAUGAGUUUUUGAACUGAAAGGAGAAGGCGUGGAA